AUGACGUCAAGGAAGGUUAUCGCAGCGAGCAGCUCGGCCGUAGCCAAUCGGAUCGCACAGGUGGUCCAGGCCUUCCCCUGUACCUGUGACGACGAGGAUCAUAAAGCCAAGUGCACCUGUGGGAUGCCUAGCAACGGACAUAGCAAGCACGGCACUGCAUUCUCCUAUUUUAGCCACUUGUCAAUGAACCACCAUUAUUUUGGUGGGGCACAUCUUUGUGAAAUAAAGAUCCAAUUUCAUUGAAUAUACAAAUGUGUGGUUUCUCAUGCUUAAGGUUAUGCUGCCACCCACUGUUUGUGUAUUCUACCUACAUGUAUUUUACCAUUGACAGUGGUUGCCGAUAGUCUUGAAAUGGAGAGAGCAUUGUCCCGUUAUCCCAUUGAAAUAUUGACUUUGCCAUGUUAUUAAACGUUGAUCAUUAUUUCUCAUGAUCAUGUGAUUUGGUAAAGGGGUUAUUUGGUCAAAAAACAGGGAGGACGAAGGCAUAUCAUUCAAAUGUCUUCAUCGUUAAGGCAUGUUCAAUGGAACAAAGAUUGAAAAACUCUGACGCGUUUCGGCAUAGGCCUUUGUGGAAACUAGUGGGAAUUUGUUAUAAAUAUUGUAUUGUCCAAAAUUAAAGGGAUAUGGUUAUGAUAGUAUAAUUAUGGGAUAGAACUGUAUGAUUAUGAUAAAUAUAACUGCGUAGAAAAUGCACUCCUACUCUCCAUUGUGAUAGUGAGAUAGGGGUCAAUGGGGUCGAACAUACAUCAGCUCAGCUGUGAAUAGAAUUGUGGUUUUCUGCCUCUGAACUGGUGACCUAUAGCUUUACCUUACCCUUCUGUGAUGUAGAGCUAAUAGGUUGAUUAUGGAUAAUGUAUGGUGAUUAUGGAUAAUGUAUGGUGAUUAUGGAUAAUGGAGGGGGGUUAUGGAUAAUGGAGGGGGAUAAUGGAGGGGGGUUAUGGAUAAUGGAUGAGGAUUAUGGAUAAUGGAGGGGGAUUAUGGAUAAUGGAGGGGGGUUAUGGAUAAUAUGAGGAUAUGGAGGGAGGAUAUGGAUGAGGAUUAUGGAUAAUGGAGGGGGAUUAUGGAUAAUGGAGGGGGAUUAUGGAUAAUGGAGGGGGAUUAUGGAUAAUGGAGGGGGAUUAUGUAUCACCUGUGGAACUCCAUCCAUUCAGAGAUAGCGCCUAG